CGCAUUCUCUUCGGCGACACACACCGUAGAACGUGCCCGCCGCUCUUGCACCACCGUCCAGUGAGUUCGACGCCGGUGCACCACGUACAUCACCGCACACAGUCCACCGCCGUGUACGUUAUAUAUCGACGACAAUAUUUUGAUAUCGUCGUUUUCGAUUUCCCUUUUCUCAUCGCGUCCGUCCGACAUCACCGGUCGAAUAUUCCGUUUUAUUUUUCUUUUUUUUUUUUUUUUUUUGUUUUCCCUACGAGACGCGCGCGCACGUCCACGUCGUCUCGAAUCCCGGACACGUCGUCGUCGACGGUCCUGCAGUGUGUGUGUGCACGGAAAAUGCAUAUUUUUGAAGAUAAACCACUGCAGUCGGCAAUGAUGCACCACAAGUUGACUUCGAAGAAAAUGGAUUACUCGCACUGUCCGCUGAAAAAACGACCGGUCCACUACGUCAAAUGCGAGCACAUCAAAGAAGAGCUGAUGGAUUUCGACAACACAGACGAGUGUUUGGAACCGGAAAACCUGAGCACCAAACCGCAAGACCUGAGCGUCAAGUGCAAGACUGCCGCGAUCGCGCCUUUGGCCGUGAAAAAAGAAUCGCCGCGUUCGUACGAUGACCACGAACAGGCCGCGACGCCGUUGUCGUCGCCGUCCGCGUACUACAGCCACCACGGCGGCCCGCAACCGCACCAACACCACGAACAAGAGCAACAACACCAAAACCACCAAGUGCACCGACUGCAGCAACAACAGCCGUACCAGCCGACGGCCGUCAAAGCCGGUCCGCUGGAACCGCUGUGCCUGAACAUCGCGGCCGCUCACCACCCGGCCGCCGCGCAGGCCGCGGUCGCGGCGUACCACCACGGCAUCAACCGGCACUACGCGUCGGCCACGCCGCGGCCCGUGCCCGCGCAGUACCCGCACACCGGUUACCUGCCCGGUUACAUGUACCACCAGCAGCAGACCGGCGGCGCCGCCAUGUUGACCGCUUACCCGCCGCCGCCGAUGAUGGCCAUCGCCCGGGACGCGUCCCUGUCGCCGCCCGUCAACGCGGGCCGCACCGGUUCCGCGUUCAAGCCGCUGCUGCAGCACACGCCGCCCGCCACCGCGGCCGUGGCGCCUGUCCUCCGCAGCCCACCGCCCGCGGUCCAGCUCCACUGGUACGGUCGGACAGCGGUCAGCAGCUGGUCGCCGUCGUCGUCGGCCGACGUCGAUUCGUCGCUGCCGCCGCCGUCUUCGGCGUCUUCGUCGUCGGCCAUGUCGCCGUCGUACGGGCCGCCGCCGGCGUCGCAUCAGCAACAGCCCGCGUCGGCGCCGUCGCAGCAGCAGCAGCAGUACCAACCGCAGUACUCUGGCGGCGAAAGCGACGGCGGCGUGGUGCAGGUCAAGCGCGAGUCGUCAGCAGCCGCGCCCGCGGCACGGUACAAGUGCGCGGCGUGCUCGAAAACGUACUCGACCGUUUCCGGGCUGACCAAGCACCAGCAGUACCACUGCGCGAACAACGACGAGUCGCAGGGCGCCGCGGCCAAGACGUUCUGCUGCAAGUUCUGCGACAAGGCGUACAACACGCUCGGCGCGCUCAAGAUGCACAUCCGCACGCACACGUUGCCGUGCAUAUGCAACCUGUGCGGCAAGGCGUUCAGUCGGCCGUGGCUGCUGCAGGGCCACAUACGCACCCACACCGGCGAAAAGCCGUUCUCGUGCCAGCACUGCAACCGGGCGUUCGCCGACAGGUCCAACCUGCGCGCCCACCUGCAGACCCACUCGGACGUGAAGAAGUACUCGUGUGCGACGUGCAGCAAGACGUUCAGCCGCAUGUCGCUGCUCACCAAGCACUGCGAUACCGGAUGUCCGCGAAUGCUGCCUCACCAACAGCAGCAGCAGCAGCAGCAACAGCAACAGCAACAGCAUCAGCAGCAGGCGGUCGCAUAAUAUAUGUAUGUAUAGACGACUGCAGCACACUUCCGUCUCCAAUCGUCCGCGCGUCAUCGCGUCAUGAAUGUUAAAUUAUUAAACCUAUAUAUUAUA